AAAUUGAACGGUUGUGAGCGCUGCCUAACCAUUCUUAAAUUUCCGACCAAAAGUUCUAAAAAGACGAAAAGCGAAAGGGGGAGAAAAUGGAGAGGACACCGAGAGAGCGGGGAUUCGGAUAUCUGUUGGCGGGUUUUCUUCUGGCGAGCUUAAUCGCCAGAAUCGAUUCGCUUUCGGUCACAGUGAACGAGGUUGAAUGCAUCCAUGAAUAUGUAUUGUACGAAGGCGACACCGUUUCUGGGAAUUUUGUCGUCGUCGAUCAUGAAAUUUUCUGGGGCGCCGAUCAUCCCGGCAUUGAUUUCACUGUUACAUCUCCCGCAGGUAAUGUGGUGCACUCGUUGAAGGAGACAUCUGGUGGCAAGUUUGAGUUUAAGGCUUCUCGCAGUGGAAUGUACAGAUUCUGUUUUCGUAAUCCCUACUCGACCACCGAGACAGUUUCUUUCUACAUCCAUGUUGGUCACAUUCCAAACGAACAUGACCUUGCUAAAGAUGAACACCUAGACCCUGUAAAUGUUAAAAUUGCAGAGCUUAGAGAGGCAUUGGAAUCGGUCACCGCCGAGCAGAAAUACUUGAAAGCACGUGAUGCACGCCACCGUCACACUAAUGAGAGUACAAGAAAGCGUGUAAUUUUCUACACAGUGGGAGAGUAUUUGUUGCUCGCUGUUGCAAGCGGGCUUCAGGUCGUUUACAUUCGUCGCCUCUUCAGCAAGUCGGUUGCAUAUAACCGGGUCUGAGCAUCCAUCCAUCCAUCCAUCGAUCCUAGUGGUAACAUAACAUCGUUGCCCCUUUCUUAGCUUUUAGGAAAACCUCAGGAAUGAAUUAUAUUAUAGUCUAUCAUUUGUUGUAUAAUCACUUUUGAUUGUGCUUACAGUUCAUAGUUGUAAGCUGGGGGUUCACGUAUUAGCAUCUUGUUGAAGCUAGGGAAAGCCUAUUUAUUUACCCUAUUAUGCUUCAAAAAGGAUGUAUGUGGGCUCCAAAUACCCUUCCUCAUUCUUUGCCUGCCUUGUUAUCAAAAAGUUCAAUUUUUUAUAUACGCUACAAACUACAUCAAUACACCACUGCUUACUGAAUCA